AUGGCCGGGACCAGCGCAACCACCGAGCUAGAGUACGAAAAAAGGCAUGUGCAUGAGGUCUACGAAGACAUCGCCAAUCACUUCUCUUCGACCCGAUACAAGCCGUGGCCGGUGGUUGAUGGAUUCUUGCGCAAUCUGCCCGCUGGCUCGGCCGGGCUUGACAUCGGGUGCGGGAAUGGGAAAUACUUGGCUGUGAACAAGGACAUCUUCAUCAUCGCCUCGGACAGGUCGAAUGCCCUAAUCCAGAUCGCUCGCCAGCACGAACCGCAUAGCGCCGUUGUGGCCGACAUCCUAAGCCUCCCUCAUCCAAACGAUUCGUUCGACUUCGCCAUAUCCGUUGCCGUUAUACACCACCUUUCGAAUAGCGCUCGAAGAGUCCAGGCCAUUAGGGAAAUCCUGAAAACGUUGAAGCCGCCGACGAAGUCAGAUGAGCUUGGCAGUGGUGGAGGUCGGGCGUUGAUAUUUGUCUGGGCACUCGAACAAAAGGACAGUCGUAGAGGAUGGGAUCACGGCGACGAUCAGGAUGUGCUUGUGCCUUGGGUUCUCAAGCAAGGCAACAACUCGCAAUCCACGACGAAGCAUGGCUCGCAGCAGCCGCCCAAUGGCACCUGCUUACCGGCACCCACAACAUACCAGCGAUAUUAUCACUUGUACCGCGAGGGCGAAUUGCAGGAAGAUGUCAUUGCAGCGGGAGGUCGAGUGGUCAAGGAGGGAUACGAUCGCGACAAUUGGUGGGUCAUCAUCACCAGGCAGGACUGA